AUGUCCGCGCUGUCGACGAACAUGCCGCGCGCAGACCGGCCCCGUUGGGCAUCUACAGACUCGAAGUACCACCCCGAAAACCCCAACUACUGUCUCUCCGACCGCCCCUGUUCCGAACUCAUGACGUCUACUCCGACGACCACUCUCAGCACCAAUGCUCAGCAUCUCCGUACCCUGCCGCCGUCGAGCACAACCAUCUCCACCAUUCCUGCCACAAGCUCCGCGACGAUGACGACGACCACUACAGACCCCAUUCAUGCCUCCGACCAAAACCUCACCAUUACUGCCCCCAUCUGCAGCGAUAUGAACUCGGUCCUAGCCUGUCGUCAGUGGGAUCGAUCAUUCGCCCGACGCAUCGGCCUGGCCGACCACUUGCGAAUGCAUAGCACUGCAACCGGUGGACCAACGUCGGAAGCCUUCGCGAACUAG